CACCCGUCAAAACCGCAAAAGGGUUUAUGCAAGGGUUUCGUUUUGGGAUUUGCAGCAAAUAUUUCCCCCCUGCACUCUCCAUUUCUACUCCGUACUCGAUCUGUCUAUUGCAGCUGAAUGAGUAUGAGAAAAUGAAGUAUGUGACUUUUAAUUGAUUGUAGCUGGAAUAUUGUUCCCGGAUUUUAGAUACCUGUUCUUGCCUGCUGCAUUGGCGAUGGCAUUGUCGAUUUCAAGGAGAGUAUUGCGUGCCUUAGGCUCCUCUGAUUUUUCAUCGCUACCAUUUUCUCUGUCCAACGCACUCCAUGGUCAUGGUUUUACGGAUAGCUCAUCUUCAAAGCAAUCUUCUGUACUUAGAAAGGCGCCCUUUGAUGCUUACCGAAGGUUUUCUACUACCAUUUUGACCCCUGAUUCCAGUGAAGGCUCAUUUCCCUCACAUUUGUUAUCCUCUAAACGUGUGCUGACUCCUGACCGGGAAAUAGGUCUCUAUCAGGACCUGGUGAUUCCUGUUACAAAUUUUCACAAUGAAGAUAAGGGUUUUAUGGUAUUGGCUGGUGAUGUUUUUGAUGUACCAAUUAGGAAGGAUAUUAUUCAUCGUGUCGUAAGAUGGCAGCUCGCUAAACGGCAACAGGGGACUCAUUCAACCAAAACUAUUAGUGAGGUUAGUGGGACUGGUAGAAAACCUUGGCGGCAGAAGGGUACUGGUCGAGCAAGGCAUGGAACAUUGCGUGGUCCACAGUUUAGGGGCGGUGCUACCAUGCAUGGUCCAAAGCCACGAAGUCAUGCUAUCAAGCUAAACAAAAAGGUCCGCCGGCUAGGGUUGAAGAUUGCACUUUCAGCCCGGGCAGCAGAAGGAAAGCUCACAGUUUUUGAGGAUUUAGAAGUUCCUUCACACAAGACGAAGAACAUUGUGAACUAUGUCCAUCAAAUGGAGAAUACUAAGAAACUUCUGCUGGUUGAUGGUGGUCCAAUUAAUGAAAAGCUGAAGUUGGCUACUCAGAAUCUGCACUAUGUAAAUGUACUCCCUUCAAUUGGUUUAAAUGUUUACAGCAUCCUGCUGCAUGAUACGCUAGUAAUGUCACGUGAUGCUGUGAAUAGAAUAGUUGAAAGAAUGCAUACUCCAAUCAAUCGCUGAUUCAGUUUCUCAAUGCCGAUUCCCAAACUGAGUUUUGGUAGUUUAUCUUGACAAAGUCAUAGUCAGAACAAUAGUCUGAAUGUACUUUUUAUGGCAAGAAACACCUGCAACUCUGUUUGCUAGAAUUCAGUUUUCAAAUGCUGAAUUACAUUAUGAAGAGAGAGCUAAGGCUGGGGUUGUUUGCAUCUUCUUGAAGACAAUAUAGGGACUGCAAUUAAGUUCGUUUUCACUGUUUC